AUGCCUAAAACCAAGCAGGAUGAUCCCGUUGCGGGGCAGAUCGAGCCCUCCUUUACCUGGGAGACACGAAUACCGCACACGGUGGUGCUGAUGCUCAAGUCCACGGAGGAAGACCUGAUUCUAAAGGCCUGCCAAUCGCUGUAUAAGUUCGCCCACGACGGUGACCUGAACCAGACACUGCUGAUCCAGUACGACAUCCUGGCACUGCUGUUGGACCAUCUGGAGAAUCCGAACCGGAACGUGCGCCGUAUGUCCGCGAUGACGCUGAGCGAGCUUUCCGGCAACAACACGGUGCAGUCCGCGCUGGUCUCGGCUGAGAACGUGGUGCGGCUGGUGCGCGUGCUGCGCCAGGACGACGACUGUGUUGUGGAUGAGGUGGCCAGCAGCGCACUGCUGCGACUAGCCUCUGACGCUGCCGGACGAUCCAUGCUGCUCUCCUGCGCCGCUGUCGACGCUCUGGUGAAGAGACUCACCUCACGCGACCCAGACGUGCUGAAGAACUGCUUGGACACGCUUCUCGUGCUGCUGGACAGCCCCGUGGCCGUGGAGUCGUUUGUCGACAGUCGCGGCGUUCCAAAUGCGCUGGAGCUGCUCGCCAGCGAGUACCCGGUGCUGCAGACACUGGCGCUGGCCGCCCUCCGGAAGGCGAUGCACUCGGCCGAUGGACGCGCCCGCGUGAGGGAAGUCGGAGGACUGGAGAAGCUGCUCUCGCUGCUGGAGAGCGCUGCUCUUGAGGACCUUCACUCGAGCGCGGUGGCGGUGCUAGAUGCCGCCAUCGCCGACCCGGAGAACAUCUUCGCCAUCCAUGAGACCGGAGGUCUGCAGAAGAUUCUGACCUUUGUGCAGACCACCACCGUGUCGGACGUGCUCGAGCAGUGCGCGUUCCUUCACGCCAAGAUGGCGGCGCACGCGGACGUGCGUGACAUCUUCCACGAGCUGUCGGCAGAGCCGGUGAUGGUGACCAGCCUGCUGGCCACCGGCCUCUCGGGUAGUCAGAACGGUGCCGCGCGCGCCAUCGGCCACAUGUGCCGCAAGCUGGAGUCGCAGGAGGAGCUGGUGCGCCUCGGCUCCGUCUCUAUCCUGCUCGGCAUGGUCUCCAGCCCAGAGACGUUCCAGUCCGCCGUGGUGGCUCUGGCGGCCGCCACUCGAAACCACCAACUCGCCUGUAGACAGAUCUGUCUGGGUGAUCACCUGGAGAGAUUGGUGGACCGGCUUGGUAUCCAGGAUGAGGAGACCGUCUCGCAUGUGGCGAUGGUGCUGAGGAACAUGUCUGAACAGGAGACGGUGCGACCGGUGGUGGCGGCCGGCAGCGCGCCGACCCGCCUCGUCGCCUGCCUCUCCGAAGAGAGCCCCGUCGUACUGGUAAGCGUUUGCGAUGCUCUGACCGUCCUCUGCCUCAACCAAGACGCUCGCACGCGCGUGGUGCGCCGGGGAGCUGCCGACCUCUUCAUGGACCUGCUGCAACAUGAUGAUGCAGACGUACGGGAUGCCUGUGUGCGCGCCAUCCAGGUGGUGGGCUGUGACUUCCGCUGCGCCGAGGAACUGUGCGCCGGCGGAGCGAUCGGCUCCCUGCGCCGGCUGCGAGCCACAGAGACGCUGCGCAUUGUCCUGGAGGUGAAUCUGUCAGCACUGUUCGCCGUCUUCGGUCGGCUGAGAACUCACCACAAGCUUUACGAUCUGUUCUUCGACUGUGGCCGGCAGGAGACGUGCGACUCGGUGCCGGAACUGAUAACUCUGCACGAGCAGCCGAUGAGUCACACGAGGAUCGUGUUUCUCCUGAACUCGGGAGUGUGUCCCUACAGGGGUGAGGAUCAGCCGCCGCCACCGCCGCAUGGAUGGAAGCCCGAUCAGGGAAACAGCAAACGAGAUCAGAAGGAGUCAUCACAAUCAAAGAGCAAAGAAGGAGAUGCAGCUGCUGAAAAGGGUAAUGGUGAUGUUGAUGAAAAAGAACAAAAGCUGAAAGGACGUGACAAUUCUGAAAAGAGUGGGGAGAAGAAACAAGAAAGUGCUGCAUCUGAUGCCUCUCCAAGAGCUUCAGGCAAAGACCACUCAUCUGGACAGACUAGCAGCAGCGGACCGUCCUCCCUCCCUGCCGCCGCCACUGCCGCGCCUUCAGACAGACCGGCGCCGGCUCAGCCAUCUCUGCCAGUGCCUGGGUUUGUUCCGCACGACCCCGAAGCCGCGCCCGUUCCCACCAGCUCCUGGCCGCCGGUCGACUAUCACCUGGCGGGGUACGUCGAGCACGCGCUGACCGUCAUCCGUCCCCUGGCCACGGACCGUGAGCAGAGCUCGGCUCUGGCGCGGCUCGUGGCCGCUCGGAUGGGCGGCUCCGUCCCCCGCGAGCAGCUCGGCACGUGGUCAGACGAGUUCCACCUCUGCCAGCUGAAGAGACGCGCCGGUGGGAACGUGGUGUUUGUCGGAGACGUGGAGCGCGCCGGGAUGCGCUGUCGAGCGCUGCUGUUCAAGUUCCUCGCGGACCAGAUCGGACUGCCGUGCUCGCUGCACCGCGGAGCCGGCGGCCGCCACUGGAACACGGUCCUGCUGCGGGGGGAGCGAGAGACGGCCAUGCUCGGACCCUACCUGGACACUGUGGUCGAUGUGAUGCACGAGCCCGGCCGACUGCUGCCCGCCGACUCGGCAGAUGCGGUCGAGUACACGCGUGGCUUCGAGUCACAUUAG